AUGGUCCGGGGCUUUCUCGGAUUAUUUUUUGUUACUGUUAUUUGUGGGGUCCUAGGUCAACAGAUUCCGGUUCAAACUCUCCACGCAGUUGGUAAUCUCAUAAAAGACCGGUACCCUCCCCAGUCCAGAGGCUCUGAUCAGAAUACAAUAGGAGAUCCCAAACGUGAGGAGCUCAUGACAAUCCGAGAAUUGGAAAUACAACGUCGCAAGCAACAUUUCGAGAAAAAAGAGCGUGUCGGAGGAUUGCAGAGGCUGAAGCGUCAGCAGACUCCUCCGGACGCGCAGGCGGAAGGCAGAAGGCACCACUCGAUUUAUGAUCCUCUCGCCUGGACUGAGGCCUUUGCCGAUGUUUUGGUCGGUCACGGGGGGCUGUUCAGCGGUCACGGGGGGCAUUUCGGCGGUCAUGGGGGGUUUCAUGGCGGUCAUAGUCAUGGGAAUCUCUUCGGGGGGCAUCAGAAGAAAAAGAAGAAGAAGAAACCUCAUGGCGGGCAUUUUCAACAGCUAGGGGGGCACAAUCACGGGCAGGGCAGCCAUGGAGGGCAUUUCGGGAGUCAUGGGCAUGGUCAUGGCAGCCAUGGAGCUCCGCAGAUUCUCGGAGGGAAUAAUCACCCCUACGAAGUAACCGAGAACCUCGACGACGUCGCCCCGCAGGGAGGUUUUUUCUCCUGGUUCCAACCAACUCGAAGGCCCCUUCAGAUCCAAAACAAAAUCGCCCCUAGAUAUUGAUACAGAGUUUGCUCUUCUCCGUAAAAAAAUCCCGACAAACAUCUUCAAUGUCGAAACAUGAAAUUGAUGCGUCACCUGCAGAAAAACCUCAGCAAAAUAACAGUGAUUUGCAGUAUAAUUUUUCAUACCAGUGAUUGCUGACGCAAUUGGAUUAAGCCAGCUCUCAGAACCUCGUGAUUACAAUUGUACAUAAACAAUCCAUUACAUAUGAAUCUCAUAAUUUAAUGAGUUGGAAAUUUUCCAGC